CCAAGGAAAUUACCUAGAUAAAAUUACCUAGAUAUUAGUAUGUAUAUAAAGUUCAGGCAACCGCCAGCCAGCAAGAGAAAAGAGACAUAGCAUUGAAUGAAACCGUUUUGCAAUCUACCUAGGUACCUACCCUCUAUAGUACUUACUAUACUUGUCGAACUACUAGGUACAUGGUUAGUUCUUGUAUAUCAUUUGAAUCGUAGUUGGCUCUUUCUGCUUUCUACUUCUACCCUCUACCUUCUGCUACCUACCAUCUAUCCCUUUUCUCCACGUAGAGAAUCUAUGGCCGAUAUCGUGCAGUUCUCUACGACCCUGAUUUUUAUCUCACAAUAAUACCUACACACCCAGACAGAAUAAAAUUAGAGAACCACCACCACCACCCACCAACCUACCACCAUCACCAUGUAUCAACAAUACGAACAAGUCCCUAAGCAAUAUGCCCCAGCUCCCUCAGCCGAUGGCGCCGAUUUGGCAAAGACUCCUUCAUUAGCACUUAGCUCUACUGAUGGGAAGGGCUCAGGACAAUGCCAUUUCAGCUUCGAAGCUCUACGCCCAAAUGUCUUCCGCACUACAUUUACCCAUGAUCAACAUCCAUUGGCACCGCAUCCUAGCGCCAAACGCCCCGACCCUGCGUUUGGAAAUGUCACCCCAGAAGUCAGCAUUGACGCCGGAAAGAACACCAAAUCCAUCAAGGUUGGAACCACCAAGGCCGUUAUUGAUUGGUCCAACACACCAGUCGUUUCCCUUUUCUUUGAUGGCCAAGAAAAGCCGCUUCAUGAGGAUCUUCCUUUCCGCUCGUAUGCCCUUGAUGGCACUGGCGUUGCCCAUUACCUAAAAUACGAGACUGAUAGUCUCUACGUCGGCCUCGGAGAGAAGGCGGCACCCAUGGACCUUAGUGGCCGUGGGUUUAACAUCACAGCCAGCGACACCUUUGGCUAUGAUGCUUACCGCACAGACCCCCUUUACAAGCACAUCCCCCUACUAAUCAAUGUCACCCCCGAGGGAUGCGUUGCCAUCUUCUCAACCUCUCACUCCCGAGCCACUUGGAAUGUUGGCUCCGAACUUGACGGCAUGUGGGGUCAUUUCAAGGUAUACCGCCAAGCUCACGGUGGUCUUGAGGAGUACCUCAUCGUCGGCAAGACGGUGGCCGACGUGGUACGGUCAUACGCCGAACUUGUGGGAUUCCCACUACUUGCCCCACGCUACAUGAUGGGUUACAUUGGCGGCGGCAUGAAAUACACCAUGGAAGACGAGCCGCGUGCACACGAGUCGGUCCUAAACUUCAUGAAGAACUGCGAAUUGCACGAUAUGCCUUGCUCAGCUUUCCAGAUGAGCUCGGGAUAUACCGUAGCAGAGACUCCACCAAAGACUAGAAACGUCUUCACUUGGAACUUACACCGAUUCCCGGAGCCUCGAGAAUUCACCCGUGAGUGCCAUAAGUAUGGCGUUCGUCUGCUAGCAAACGUCAAGCCGUAUGUUCUCGCAAACCAUCCCGCCUACGAGGAACUAUCGAAAACAGGUGCCUUCUUCAAGGAUUCUGAGACGGGGGCUACUGCGGUGGCACGUCUUUGGAGUGCUGGAGGAGGAGAAAGCGGAGAAGGCAGCCAUCUCGACUUCACGUCGAAGGCCGGUUAUAACUGGUGGUACAACGGAGUGAAGGCCCUUAAAGAGGUGGGAAUCGAUGCUAUGUGGAACGAUAACAAUGAGUACAACACCCCUGACGAUAACUGGCAAUGCGCGCUCGAAACUGUUGAGGUACCGGCCGGGGAAACUCGUAAAAAUAUCGGAUACUGGGGCCGAGCAUUGCAUACUGAGCUCAAUGGUAAGAGUUCUCAUGACGCGACGAUCGAAGCCGAGCCCGCAGUUCGCCCAUUCGUCCUUACCCGCAGUGCGACGGCCGGGACGAUGAGAUACUGCGCUAGCUCGUGGAGUGGUGACAACGUAACAAGCUGGGAAGGCAUGAAGGGAGCCAACUCGUUGGCGUUGAAUGCAGGCAUGUCUUUGAUUCAAUGUUAUGGCCACGAUAUUGGUGGCUUCGAAGGCCCUCAGCCUACCCCGGAGCAUCUCGUCCGUUGGAUUCAACUCGGCAUUCACUCACCUCGAUUCACUAUUAAUUGCUACAAGACGAAUGCGGAGGAUAGUCUCAUCGGCGACGUCAUAGAACCUUGGCAAUAUCCGUCUGUAUCACCUAUUAUUCGAAAUGCGAUGAAGCGUAGAUACGAAUUGGUGCCGUACACGUACGCAAACAUGCUGAAGUCCCAUCGCGAGGCGAUUCCUCCUCAACGAUGGACCGGCUGGGGUUACGAGUCUGACCCGACGGUCUGGACCAAGGAAUUGCGUCAAGGAGACACGCAGUACUGGUUUGGAGACGCCUUGUUAAUUGCGGGUGUAUACGAGCCUGGUGUCUCGACCGCACGGGUUUAUCUCCCAGACCGAAGCGGGAGCGACCUCGGAUUCUUGAAUCUUUCGGCACCUUAUGAGUAUCUGGAAGCUGGCAAGUGGCACGAAAUCUCUUCGACUUGGCAUAGCCAUAUCCCGGUUCUUGCACGCAUUGGUUCGGCUGUCCCGGUUGGAAAGGGUAAGCCGACCACGUGCGUCGCUGAGGACGAUCCAGAAUUCCCGAACAUGCAAAAGGAUGAUUACCGAGCCGUCGAGAUCUUCCCCCCACCGGUCGCGCAAUAUCCUCACUGCCCCAAGGGAGGCGCGCCUGAUGUUCCGGCUAACGUCAUUUCGGGGACAAAGCAGUUCGAUAACUCAUGGUUGGAAGACGAUGGUGUGAGCCCCGCAGAAAAGGCAGACGCCGUUGAGGUUAGCAUCACGUAUGGCGUACUGGGCGACGCAAUCAGCGUCAAGGUAGAAUUAAAGAAGGAGGGCAAGUUUGAGCCUCUGUGGCUUAAGAAUGAUAUCACAAUUAUCCUGCCCGUUGGCGAAGAGCGUCCAGUCAAAUCGGCGGCUGGCGCGAGCGACAAACUGCAGGACUUGGGUCGGGAUGAGAAGGGACGACGUAUUUGGAAGGUUGGUGUCACUGCGAAGGCGUCAAAAUAAAGCUAUAUAUGGCUCUCACCUGGACGAUUCAAAAUUUAUGACUCCCAGGCGAAGAUAUGAGAGCUUCCUCGUUUGUUUGAAGAGGUUUAGAAAUAAGAGGUUAUCUAGAUAAUAUAUUGGAGUAUUAAUGAACAUUAAUCAACCCAAGGCCGUUGCGGCGUUACUAAUCGCGAGCUAUCGUGUCAAAUAACAGUGCGAUCUCGUACUGUUUGUUGAUCCAAAUGAUACUGUCUCCUUUACAGCAUAGAAGCUGUCGCCUUCUGGCUAGAUAACAUAUUUGAAGUUAUUAGGUAGCAAAGAGCAUUCCAC